GAUGAUGAAGAUUCAAACUUGCUAAUUCUCAGCUACCCGCAGUACUGUCGAUACCGUUCCAUGUUAAAGCGCAUUCAGGACAAGCCUUCCUCAGUGCUAACGGACCAGUUUGUUUUAGCCCUGGGUGGCAUUGCGGUAACAAGCAAGAACCCCCAAAUCUUCUACUGUCGGGAUACCUUUGAUCAUCCAACUCUCAUAGAAAAUGAAAGUAUAUGUGAUGAGUUUGCGCCAAAUCUUAAAGGCAGACCACGCAAAAAGAAGCCAUGCCCACAGAGAAGAGAUUCAUUAAACGGCAUUAAGGAUUCCAACAAUAAUUCCGAAAGCAAAGCUGUUGCCAAGGUAAAAUGUGAGGCUAAGUCAGCUUUGCCCAAACCCAAGAGUAACAACAGCAACUGUAAAAAAGGCUCAAGUGAGGAUAAAUCAAAGAUUGCCGUAGGUGAAGAAUGCAGAGCUGAUGAGCAGGCUUUCCUUGUGGCACUUUAUAAAUAUAUGAAAGAAAGGAAAACACCAAUUGAACGAAUACCCUAUUUAGGUUUUAAGCAGAUUAACCUUUGGACUAUGUUUCAAGCUGCUCAAAAACUGGGAGGAUAUGAAACAAUAACAGCCCGUCGACAAUGGAAACAUAUUUAUGAUGAAUUAGGUGGUAACCCUGGAAGCACAAGUGCUGCUACAUGUACUCGCAGACAUUAUGAAAGAUUAAUCCUGCCGUAUGAAAGAUUUAUUAAAGGAGAGGAAGAUAAGCCACUGCCUCCAGUGAAACCUCGAAAACAGGAUAACAGUUCCCAGGAGGGUGAAGCGAAAACAAAAGUGUCUGGAACAAAACGCGUCAAAAAUGAAAACCAAAAGAGCAAGAAGGAAAAAGAUAACGUGCAGAAACCCCAGGAUGCAUCUGAGGUUUCAUCAGAACAAGAGAAGGAUCAAGAAUCAGUAGACCAGAAAAAUUUCCCUGAACAUCCUACAGCAGGAGAGAUGAAACAACCCAUGCAAGGGCCCCCAUCUCUUUCAGCAGAGGCAGCUUGGCCACUACCUCUUGAAAAGACAGACUUGACAGAAAGCAGCUCAAAUGGUGAGAAAGCCAAGGAGGAAGUCCAGCACUCGUCCUCUUUCUCAAGUAUAUCGAUGCCCUUAGAGGAGGAGACCAUGCUGGAUGCCAGCAUCACCAAGCGGUUGCACCCCUCGGCAGAUGCCCUGGAAGACACAAAGCCAGAACAAAGAUUACACAAAGCUUUUACUGACAGCCUAGAAAGUGACCCUCCAGAAAUGCCCUUCACGGCUUUCCCGGUCCAGCUGCCCGCUCAAAGCGACAUGGAAGAUGACAAAUUGCCAGAGAUGGCCGAUUACAUUGCAAACUGCACAGUCAAAGUGGAUCAGUUGGGAAACGAAGAUAUCCACAACGCACUGAAGCAAACACCCAAAGUGCUGGUGGUCCAGAACUUCGACAUGUUCAAGGAGAAGGAGCUGCCCGGUUCCAUGAAUGAUGAUUCCACUUUUGGUUACACCCCGCUCCUCUACUCGAAGGGCAAUCCAGGCAUCAUGUCACCCCUGGCAAAGAAAAAACUGCUCUCACAGGUCAGUGGGGCCACCUUGUCUUGUAGCUAUCUGUAUGGCUCUCCUCCGCCUUUGAUUAGCAAAAAGAAACUAAACAGCAGAGAUGAACUGUCCUCAAGCAUAUCACAAGGUCCCCACACCCUUAAUUCGGAUCCUGUAGCAAUUAAUAGGCCAUCAGUCAUACAACACGUACAGAGUUUUAAAACCAAGGAAGAAAGGAAAUCGAUUAAUGACAUUUUUAAGCAUGACACGCUAAGUAAACCGGAUCAUCAGCGCUGUGAUUUUUCAAAACAUCACCUCAGUUCUCUUGCCGAGUCGUACGUACCGAAGACAGAUAUCCAGGACUGCAAAGAUAAAAUGAGUGAGAAAAGGGCACUGCAGCACUCCCAUGUGCCCACUUUCUUGGCAGAUUUUUAUUCAUCACCUCAUCUGCACAGCCUUUACAGGCACACAGAACACCACCUUAAUAACGAACAGGCAUCAAAGUACCUCCCUCGGGACAUGUUCAGAGAGUCGGAAAAUAUUUCUACUUUUACUCAACACAAACACCAAGAAAAACUGAAUUUAAGUUAUCACCCAUCUUUGCAUCAGCAAGAAAAAAAGGCGGCAGUGGAGGCCUCUUCAGAUGAUCAGCCAACAGAUUUGAGUCUUCCAAAGAGCGUACACAAACAGACUGCAAAGGCUCCAGGCUCCGGCCUCCCUCAUUCAUCCAUGGCUCAGCAAGAAGGCAAAAGCAUCUCCCAGUUCCCGGCUGCGAGCAGCCAGGCCAUGAGCCUAGACUGCAACCCCAAAGCUUGCCGUGUGUCUCCCAUGGCCAUGACGGCCCCUAAAAAACACAGCGAGCUGCUCCACAGGUCUGGGAAACAGCAGGCCCAGAGACUCGAGAAUCUGAGGAAGAUGGAGGGGAUGGUGCAUCCUAUCAUCGGCCGCAGGACGAGCCCUCAAACCAUCGGGGCCGCCCGGCCUUUGAAAAGGAGCCUAGAGGAUUUGGACAAGGUCAUUUCUGAAAAAAAAAUCCGAGCUGUCUCUCCUCUGCACGUACCAAAGGAGACCCCGGCGAAAGAAAAGGUUCCCGAUCCAGAGGGGGAAGGCAGCAAAUCCGUGCAUGGCCUACAUUCUGGCAGCAUGUUGGAAAGCCACAAAUUUCCCCUUUCAGCCCCUAUCUUCACAGGCCUGUAUCCAGGAACGCUAUGUGCAGGGUUGAACAAUCGCCUCCCACCCGGGUAUUCUCAUCCUUUACAGUACUUGAAAAAUCAGACCGUGCUUUCCCCACUAAUGCAACCUUUGGCUCUUCAUUCCUUCAUGGUGCAGAGACAAUUCCUUACGUCCCCUGCAAAUUCGCAGCAACUGUACAGACACUUAGCUGCAGCAACACCUGUAGGAAGUUCAUAUGGUGACCUUUUGCAUAACAGCAUUUAUCCUUUAGCUGCUAUAAACCCUCAAGCUGCAUUUCCACCUUCCCAGCUGUCCUCUGUACAUCCCAGCACAAAACUGUAAAUUCCUUCACUCACACAAAAAAAAAGUCUGAGGAAAACAAAGUAAUGUUAAGUUAGUGACAUUCCUUCCCCUGUGAUGAUGUCUUGCAGAAUUAGCAAUCUGUAUUUUUGUUAACCAGGAUGCAGUCUUACCCUGUGCAGCGGAACGCUUCCGAGUUGGAUCCAGACAGGACUGCUGCUUUAAUUCUGGCUCCCACAUCAGCCCCUUCUCCCCUUCUCCUGCCCCCUGCAAAAAAAGAAAAAAAAAAAGAAAAAGAAAAAAGAAAGAAAGAAAUCAUUGCCUUUUGCAUAUGUGUUUUCUGAAAGGACUUGUAUAUGGUGAGAGCAAAAGUUCAAAGGGAGCCAUGGAAAUGCAGGUCCAGUCCUGAGCUCACUGAAAUCAGAGGUGAUGGUUGCGUUCAGUUUUCAUUGAGCCGAGGAUCAGAGGCGUUGCGUUGUUUCAAAUGAGUCCAGGACUCGAGAUGAACCUGAAAAGGAGAAGAGGGCCGUGAAUCCAUACAAUCAUUAGAUGUGCUUUUUGGGGUAACUUUUCCUGACUUUUAAAGAUUCAAUCAAUGCAAUGUAUAAUAAAAACGGCAAUAGAUUUUUUUCAUUUUAACACUAUUAGAACAGAAGGGUAAACACUGUUUAAUUUGACUGUACAUAUCCACUUCGUAAACUACCAGUGUCACAUUUGGUCACAAUAAUUUAUAUAGUUUUGUUUGUCCAGUAUAUUCUGUGCUCUUUAUGUUUGUUUUUUUGUUUUUGUUUUUUUUUUUAAAUUAAACAGUAUCAUUUUAUCUGCAACUUUUUUUAAAGGCUGUGGCUGUCCUAAUUUUUUUUUUUAAUGUGUUUGUAAUUCUUCCAGUUCCUUUAUACUUUUGAGCAGCGUUUUUGUUUUGUUUUUGUGGUAACAUUUACUGUUUACAAACUGAAGCAACUGAAUCUUAAUGGAUGAAUCUUAAUGGAUAUAAACAUACUGUAGGUAAUAUAAUGGUGCGAGGAUGCAAACAAAGUUCCUUUUCCUAUGGUCCGAUCCCGCAAGGUGCUGAGCACCUGCCGUUCUCCUAGUGUUGUCGCAAUGGCUCAUACGCUGCUUUUUCCCUCCUGCCGAGCUUUGCUUUCCCGUAUUGUGGUCCGUGAACUUGUCAAGAGUUGUACUUACCUUACCUAGGCUGUGAAACCCUCCUGCGUACCAGAGAAACGAUUUAGGAAACAAAACCUCACUGGCACAAGCUGCUGAAUAACAGAGGAGUGCAGAAAACGGAUUUGUGGUUUGCGAGAAUGUCAAGAAUUUCGGGAGUUAGAACAGGAGCCAAUGUGGAAUUGAACCAGAGGGUUUGCGAGCCCGGGGCUCGGUGGCUGGGUCGGG